UUUGAGGCGGAAGUGGAACGCCGAGUUGACUUGUUUUAUGCGAUCGUCGGAAGACUUUUAACAGCAAAUAAAUUUGCUUUUGUAUAAAAGGCUUCACGUUACAUUUCGAUUUUCUCAGUCAAAAUGUUUAACAGACAGACAAGUUUGUGGAUGGGUGAUUUGGACCCAUAUAUGGAUGAGGCCUUCAUUAAACAAGCCUUUACCGCUAUGGGAGAAUCACCAUUUGGAGUCAAAAUCAUCACUCACAGGAUAACAGGUGGCUCAGCAGGUUACUGCUUUGUGGAGCUGGCUGAUGAAGCAAGUGUUGACCGCUGUGUCCAAAAACUCAAUGGAAAACUGGUUCCUGGAUCAAACCCGCCCCGGAAGUUUAAGCUAAACUUUGCCACCUAUGGCAAACGGCCAGAAGCAGGACCAGAGUUCUCAGUGUUUGUUGGUGACUUGGCCUCUGAAGUUGAUGAUUUCCAGCUGCACCAAGUUUUUAAGAAAUACACUUCCUGCAAGGGAGCCAAAGUAGUCACAGACCAAUAUGGCUACUCCAGAGGCUACGGCUUUGUGAAAUUUGGGGAGGAGAACGAGCAGAAGAAAGCGAUCGAGGAGUGCCAGGGUACAAUGCUGAGGAAACCAUUGAGGCUCAGCGUCGCUGUUGCAAAAAGCCAGAAGAUGACCAGCUACAGUGCGGGCCAGGGCCAGAGUUACAACAACAACAACAAUAACUACAAUCAGACGCAGACCAGUUACUAUGGUAGCCAUAGCGGUGGGGGUCAAGGGGGAUAUUACUCACAGUGGGGGGGCUAUGAUCAGUACAGCGGCUACAACACCGGCUAUAACAGCGGUUAUAACAGCAGCUAUAACAGUGGCUACAAUAGUGGGUACAACUACAACUACAACUAUGGGCCCUAUGGAUACCCCCCACCAGGACAUAUGAUGGGACCGCCCCCUCCCGUGGGAAUGCCACCCAUGUCCACUGACAUGUCAGGAGCCGUGGAGGGAAACCAGGAGGAAACUGAGGAUAUUGAGGAGCAUAAUGCAGAAGAGCCGAUCCCAGAGUGUGACGUGGAGGCGUGGAACAAAGACUCAUGCAAGCGCAGUGAGGAGCUCUAUGACGCCUUGAUGAGCUGUCACUGGGAGCCGCUCGACUCGAUCACCUCCUCCAUCCCUUCAUUUUCUUGAUGACCUGAUUAUUUCUUCUUCUGUGUAAUCCUUAAUUUUUUUUUUGGGGGGGGGGCCAAUUUUAUACAUAAGCAUGUCCGCAUCACAGUAAUACCUUAAAAAGCAGCACGUCAGUGGUUAUCCCAUUAAAGGCUGAUGGUUCAUUUAUAAAAAA